AUUCGAUAUACGUAUUUUCUCCACAUAAAUAAGCUUGUUUAAUUAAUUUCUAGAUCUCUCUAUCUUUCUCUCUGGCCUUUUUCUUUGAAGUUAUGGAGACAAGAAGGUCAGAGGGCAAGAGGAGUUUGAGGUACAAAGAAGAAGAUGAGGAAGAAGACGAAGAAGAUAUGGAUUUUGAAGAGGAAGAAGAUGGUAGAAGGAAGAGGGUAGUGACAGAUCUCUAUAGCAACAAGAGAGGUUCUAACAAAGCUGGUGGUAGCUCAAAUAUUACACCUUGUUGUCAAGUUGAGAAUUGUGAUGCUGAUCUGAGUGAAGCUAAACAGUAUCACCGGAGACAUAAGGUUUGUGAGUAUCAUGCUAAGGCACCUGCCGUACACAUUGUAGGGAUGCAGCAAAGGUUUUGUCAGCAAUGUAGCAGAUUCCACGAGCUAUCCGAAUUUGAUGACACAAAAAGGAGUUGUAGAAGGCGUUUGGCCGGGCAUAAUGAAAGGCGUCGCAAAAAUGCAAGUGAUUAUCAAGGAGAAUAAUGUCAUCAUUGAGGCAAGCAUAUGAUUGAAAUAAAAUCUGUCAUUCAAAUCUUCAAAUAAUAUAUGUUGCUGGCCUCUAAGGAUAUAAGACAUGCUCUCUAUCUUCUGUCAAUCUUUUAAUUUCUACGUAUGCAAAUUAAGACUAGUCUUGCUGCUUAAUUGGUACAUCUAUAUCAUGUAAUAUUUUCACCUUGACUCAUCAUUAAUAAAUUAAGUCAUGCAUUUGAACA